GGCGGUGCCCGGGGCUUGGCGGCGGAUCCGGCUGCCCGGGGCCGCCUGGGCCGGAUUCAGGGUCUCUCUGGCCGCAGCCAUGGGGCCGGCGGCGCUGCAGCUGCUCUCGGUGGCCUGCUUGGCUUUCACCCUCGGCAUGUUCGGGACGGGCCUGUCUGACCUGCGACAAAUGUUUGCAACCCAAAGCGUGGAGAAUAUCCAGUUCUUGCCUUUCCUCACCACAGAUGUCAACAACCUAAGCUGGUUGAGCUAUGGCUUCCUGAAGGGCGACUGGACGCUGAUCAUCGUCAAUGCCAUUGGUGCAGCACUUCAGACGCUGUACAUCCUCGUCUACUUCUAUUUCAGCACGGAGAAGCGCGCUGUAUUGCUGAAGACCAUGGGCUUGCUGGCGGUGCUUCUCGUCGGCUACUGCUACUUCAACCUGCUCAUCCCAGACAUCUCGACCCGCCUCGCCCGUCUGGGACUCUUCUGCAGCCUCUUUACCAUCUCCAUGUACCUCUCGCCGUUGACUGACCUGGCCAAGAUCAUCCAGACGCGGUCGACGCAAUGCAUCUCCUUCCCUCUCACCGUCACGACAUUCCUUGCCUCGACCAGCUGGGUGCUGUAUGGACUUCUGCUUCAAGACCUCUACAUAGCCAUCCCCAACUUACCGGGCAUUGUCACCAGCAUCAUUCGCUUCUGGCUUUUCUGGCACUUCCCUCCGGACCCCGAAAGGACCUAUAAGCAGCUGCAAGCCUGAAAAGCAGACCUGAGGACCCACAAGUGCCGUCAGCCCCGGCUGAGGAACGGGAAGAAGGCCCACGUCCUACGGAUGGUCUCCGGAGAGCCAGGAGUUGCUCGUUUGGCCGCCUAGGCCCAAAAGAGCCCCAUGGCCGUCAGCGCCUUUUCAGUAACUCCACCUCCAUCCGAGGGGCAGUUCUAAAAACCCAAGGCCCUGAAUUAUAUCCUGGAAGAGAUCUGCCCGGAUCCAAUGCAGUUGGGGAUUGGGGGAUGGCAUCAAAACACCAGGUGACUGAGGAAAAUGGCUUCCCUUUCCGUCCGCCUCAGGAAGACAGUGGCCUAGAAAAUGCCGUCUCUUGCCCCUCCUCUCCACGGCCUGAGUUUCUACCACCAAAGCGGUGCAUUCGAUUGUGGCAUUAUUUGUCCCACACCCCUGCUUUCGGACUAUUUUCUCUCUCUUCUCUUUGUCCCUUGCUGCCCCGCUUUCUUCCUCAGUUCACAGGCUGAGGGCCUGGGUUUCUCCCAGUUCAAAUGAAGGACUUCUUGUUGACAUUCCACUGGGUGGUUGGGGCUUGUCCUCCCCCAGUGUGUCUCCUGUUGCAAUUGAUUGUUCUGUUUCUAUGUUGUUUUUCUUUUCUGACCAAGUGCCUUGGAGUAAAUCGAACUGGUUUCAUUUCCAA